AUGUCUGAGUUCACGUCGGCCACGGCUGCGCAAUUGCAGCCACCAAUUUCAGUAUGGGAUCGCAUAACAACAUGGGCUUCGGACAACAAGGUCGCGGCAUACACAAUUGCAGGCACAGUAGUCGUAGUCUCCGGCGCCGGAGCCAUCUACUAUUUCUCAGACUCCAAGAAGGCAGCACCUACAGAAAAGCGGAAGAGCAAGAAGGAGCGCCGGAAAGAAAAGAAGGACGCCGAGGAAGCUGCCCGUCGCAGCGGUGGCAUUGAUCUGAAGGAUGUCGAAGCAGGCACAGCACCAAAAGCGCCAACGGUGGAGGCAGCACCCGAGGACGAGCUGCCUGAGAUCAACGACAUCACCGUCGAGACCUUCUCCGCCGAGGAUCGAGCAACAUACGCGAACAAGUUGAAGGUCAAGGGCAACAAGGCAUAUGGCUCCAAGGACUACAACAAAGCCAUCGAGCUCUACAGCCAGGCCAUCCUGUGCAAACCAGAUCCGGUCUUCUACUCCAACCGUGCCGCGUGCUACAAUGCGCUGUCUGAGUGGGACAAAGUCGUCGAAGAUACCACCGCCGCCGUCUCCAUGGAUCCAGACAUGUUCUCAGAGGCUCUACUCGACUACACUGCCAGCUGCAUCAUCGAUGGCUUCAAGAACGAGAAUAGUGCCGCUAAGGUCGAGCAGCUACUCAAGAAAGUGGCCGAGAAGAAAGGCAAAGCCAUUCUGGAGACCAAGAAGAACAAGCUACCGAGCGCAACAUUCGUCACAAAUUACCUACAGAGCUUUCGGCCACGAGAUCCUCCCGCCGGCCUCGAAGAAUCUGCCGACCUCGAUGAGAGUACUGGCAAGGGUCAAUUGCGGAAAGGCUUGGUAGCGAUGAAGAAUAAGACCGGUGAUGCAUAUGACGAGGCAGCGGCUGCAUUCAAGAAAGCUCUUGAGCUCGGAGAUCUGGGUGAGCACGAAGCGUUUGCACUGAACAUGAGAGCGACGUUUGGCUACCUUGAAGGAAGCGUGGAAAGCGCCAUGGACGAUCUGACAAAGGCGAUCGAGCUGCAGCCAACGCUCACCCAGGCAUACAUCAAGCGUGCAAGUAUGCAGCUUGAGCUCGGUGACAAGGAUAAGGCCGCAGAGGACUUUGAGAAGGCGAUGGAGCAGAGCCAGGACGACCCCGAUAUCUUCUACCAUCGCGCUCAACUCCAUUUCAUCCUCGGCGAGUUCGCUGAUGCAGCCAAGGACUACCAGAAAUCCAUCGACCUGGACCGGGACUUCAUCUAUUCACACAUCCAGCUUGGUGUGACGCAGUACAAAAUGGGAUCGAUUGCCUCGUCGAUGGCCACAUUCCGAAGAUGUAUCAAGAAUUUCGACAAAGUGCCAGACGUGUACAACUACUACGGGGAGUUGUUACUCGAUCAGCAGAAGUACGAGGAGGCUAUCCAGAGGUUCGAGACGGCGAUUGAGAUGGAGAGAACGACCAAGCCAGCAGGCGCUAUCAACGUACUGCCCCUGAUCAACAAGGCUUUGGCACUGUUCCAAUGGAAGCAAGAUUUCCAGGCGGCUGAAGAUCUCUGCAACAAGGCCCUCAUCAUUGAUCCCGACUGCGACAUCGCCGUAGCCACCAUGGCGCAACUGCUGCUCCAGCAAGGCAAGGUUGUCGACGCCCUCAAAUACUUCGAACGAGCCGCCGAAUUGUCCAGGACCGAAGGCGAGAUCAUUAACGCAUUAUCUUACGCUGAGGCUACCAGGACGCAGCUCGAGGUAUCCGAGAAGUAUCCACAGCUGGCAGCUCGACUAGCACACAUGGGCGGAGGCAUGCCUGGAGCUGGAGGGCCUGGCAUGCGGUAA